CUCACGACUUCCAACCUCGACCUUUUCAUCACCAUGAUGUCUGACCCUCUGAGUGUCGCCGCCUCGAUCGCAGGACUAAUCUCAAUCACGGUAGAGGCCGUCAAAUUCCUCAGCCCAUAUGUCUCAGCAGCGAAAGAGACCCCGCAGGUCGCGGCGCACGUCUACUCGGAAGUCCAGAGCACCCAGGUCAUACUGAUGGGGCUUCAGAGCCUGACAAAGAAUCUCGGAUCUGUCAAGGCUCAGCAUGCCGCGCUCAUUGGGGUGAACCAGGUCGUGGCGGUCCUUACAGAUGGGGUGCUUCUUUACUCGGACUUGCAUAAGGAACUUCAGUCAUUGCGGGCGAAAGAUGGCGCGGAAAAGGUGCCGCUUAGAGGUCGUUUGCAGUGGGCAUGGAAGGAGAGUACGUUUGUUACUCUUCUCAAUAGACUGCAAAGUUUCAAAAGCUCAAUGACACUUGUCUUGAUGAUUCUGCAAAGUGACGCCGGUGAAACCGCAAAAGAACAUCAGGAGCAGCUCUCCAAUAAUGUCAAAGUUCUUCUAGACAGCAACGACGACCUAUCACGUCGGCUGAUGAAUAUUGAGGACGUUUUGGAUGCUCAGACAGUUAUUUCAAGGCGCAUGAGCAUUCUCUCACUGAGUGCAUCUCCAUCUCAAAACACAAGUCAGCAACCAACUGCGGAAUCACCAGCUACAUCCAUCAGCACCGAUAACAGCCUUGCUAUAUCCAAGUUUGACUUUGAAGACGACCUUGAGUCAUCACGCGUAUAUCGCCGUGCAGUGAGAGAAACCAUGGACUAUUCAUUCCGAAGCUCAGUUGCAAGAUCACAAAACUGGUCUGUCUUCUCAGGCCUGAGUCUAGGAGACAUCUCUAUCAUGUCUGUCAUCGCAUUGCCUGUGUAUCAGGAUGACAUCACCAAUGCUGAGCACUAUGAUUUUGGAGACGAAGCUGCUCCCACUUCUGAGUCGCCUGGGCCAGUUACAGACCAGCCUUUGCUGAUGGAAUGCCUCGAGCUAAGGCUCAAGCUACUUACGAUACCGGGAAUGCAGAAGUAUUUUGACAUGUCACGUUACGCACCUGACGAUUUCUUCCGUGUCUGGCAUGUCUUUGAGCAAAUCACGCCACUGGUAACCCUUGUUCGGGGUUUAGACAUGAAUGUCAACCUGGAUAUCGGUCAACCUGAGGACCUCACCAUCUCUAACAGGAAGGAAAUAAUACUAUGGUUUGCUCAGUACUGCCACGAUAUUCUCAACGUAGAGACAGGCAAUUUAAUCACAGUUAAGGACCUAAUGGGAGGCGGCUACCACGGGAUUCUAAGAGUUAUCUCACUCGUUUCGAGUAUUACUAAGGGCCGUGUGAUCAUUGGUCCCUCUAUAAACGACUUAUCAUUAGUCAAAGCACGGGUCAACGCCCUUUCUCCGGAGCUUCGAAGCUUUCUGACCAACCAACGUCAGUUCAUUCAAAAUCUCAACGAACUCCUUGAGAUCAAGGAUCAACUAGAGAUGGAUAUGAAGUCAAUAUUUCAGGACAUCAGAGAGCUUGUAGAUUUUCAAAUUAUCUUCCUCAUUACCAUGGAAAGGUUUAUUCUCGGUUCCUCGGCAGAGCAUGAGUGGGCUCCAUUAUUCAAUUAUCUCCUCAGGAAUAUCGAGGUGGAAGCUGUGUCAUAUGCCGCCGAAGGGACUGCCAGAACCAGAAUACAACUUUGGCUGAAAGAAGGACAUUUCAGAGAUAAGGAUAGGAUAAGAACACUGCUGGCAAGAUGUCUCGAUAUUCUGCCCACAAGAGCUAAACGUGUUUCUGCCCUCUUUCAGUUAGCCGAGAUAUGGACAAAUUUAUAUCUGAUUCCUGAUGCUUUGUUACUAACAGCAUGGAUAAAGUACUUGAAAAGCCAGCCAGUUAUCUCACAAGCGCAAAAACAAGACAACGACAGCGCCCUAUCAUCCAUAUCUAACAUUAUAGUUCGACUACAGGAAGAGGAUAAUCCUAAGGAUACUAACGCGCUUAUCGAAGUCCUUAAACAAAGAGUGCAAGACUGGAAAUACAUCGACCCAGAUGGCCUCGGCGAGUUGAUUCUCUCCAAGACACUUUAUGUGACAAAGGAUUCCAAGAGCACACUGGUAACCGGCAUUAGAAUGUGUUUCGCUACUAGACUAGACUGACGCGUGCAUGAUAGUACGACGUCUACCUCUUCCAGCAUAUGCUCCUCCUU